UUCGGUUCACCUGAUCUCCGUCUCUCAAUACAUUUUCUGCUCGGGAAACGACGCCCUCCUUUUCUUCUUCUUUACCCAUCCGCGGUCUAACUUUUCACGGCGACGAUCUGAUUUUCUGUCGAUUCCGGAUCUGGAGCAGACACCUUGCAAUCUGCCAUCGUUAAACCGUAUCGGCUUCUCCGAUCGUCAUGAAUCCCGAAUAUGACUAUUUGUUCAAGCUUUUGCUGAUUGGAGAUUCUGGAGUUGGAAAAUCAUGUCUUCUUCUAAGAUUUGCUGAUGAUUCAUAUCUGGACAGUUACAUUAGCACAAUUGGUGUUGACUUUAAAAUUCGCACGGUUGAGCAAGAUGGAAAAACCAUUAAACUUCAGAUUUGGGACACCGCGGGACAAGAACGUUUCCGGACAAUCACUAGCAGUUACUACCGGGGAGCACAUGGCAUUAUAAUUGUUUAUGACAUAACGGACCAAGAGAGUUUCAAUAAUGUUAAACAAUGGUUGAAUGAAAUUGAUCGUUAUGCGAAUGAGAACGUGAACAAGCUUCUAGUUGGGAAUAAAUGCGAUCUCACUGCUAAUAGAGUCGUGCCCUAUGAAACAGCUAAGGCAUUUGCGGAUGAAAUUGGCAUCCCAUUCAUGGAAACAAGUGCAAAAGAUGCUACUAAUGUGGAACACGCAUUCAUGGCCAUGGCUGCUGACAUCAAGGACAGGAUGGCAAGCCAACCAGCCAUGAACAAUGCAAAACCACCAACCGUGCAGAUAAGGGGGCAGCCCGUUGGGCAGAAGUCUGGCUGCUGCUCGUCUUAGAUGAUUCAGGUUGUUCUUCAAAGGGCUUGUAACUGUAAGACUUGGCAUUAUAAUGCGUUGACUCGUAAUCUUAAUCGUAAUCAAAGAAGACUAGUCUCAACCUGCCCUUCCAAAAAAAGGCUUGGCUUUAUUAUAAUUUGCUUUCAGUAUCUCACAGCUGUUUGUAAGCUAUUCUAGAAAUUCAUUCAGUUUAAUGUCUAUUUGGGUUACAAAUGAACUGUACAAAUCAUUAAUGGUGCAUACUGCUAGCAUUCGAUUGCCAUUCUUUGUUCUCGGAAAACAAUUUCAUGGACAAUUAGAUUUGCUUCCUGCUC